AUGCAACGCAACGUUUUGCGACAGAACAAUAACAACUCUUUAGCGUCAACUACAACCACAACAACAACGGAAAAUACACGUCGAAAACGAACUCGAUCGACACAUACUAAUGAAAGUGAUGGACAAAGUCUAUCACCGACAUCAAAUCUCCCCGCUGUUACCAAACGACAAAGAAAUGCUGGUGUUUCCACUGUAGCAUCGCGAAAUCCUAGUCGUCCAGUUUCACAAUAUCGUUUUCGUAAUCGUUCCCAAACAGUAACUCGCUCGUCAACACCAGAUCCACGACAACGAUUGACGUCUCGAAGAAGACAAAAUCAAAAUGCGAUUGUUAAUCAUCUGACAACGUCAAGCUCAAUAACAACAACAACAACAACGACACUUAGAGGAGCUGAUAAUCAUGCACAGCAUUUAAAUUCGGAUCAGCUAUUGCCACCUAUUAAUGAUUCAAAUCGAACACGGUAUAAUCUUCGUCCUCGUACUCAAUGUCAACAACAGCAAGUACAAGCGCCGCCGAUUAGACCAUCCUCUGUAGCCCUAAGAGCGCGACCGUCGGCAACUACACGUACAAACGUGACGAGAACACGUGAAGAAAAUCCGUCCACGAAUAGUUCAGCUUCUGCUCUACAGUCACUUCCGGUGAGUUCUACUAUUGAGCCUAUGACGAUGGCAUUAGACCCUGAUUUAUCACAGAUUCCUAGUCCUCACGAAUCUGAACGAAGUAGAACAACAACAACUGUACCACUUGCCCUUCCUACUAUAUCACGUCCAGCAACACGACAAUAUCGUUUUAUUUAUUUAAAUGAUUCAGACAAUGACGAGACCCUACCGGUGCCGUCAUCGAUAAAUGCUGAUAAUUCUUCAAUUAUUGUAUCAAAUAAUGAUGAAUUACCAAGAACAACAACCACAAGAUCUCGAAUAACAUCAUCAUCGACGAAUGCAACCACAAGAACAAGAAAUAAUGACGCAACAUCACCAACAAAUGAAACUAGUAAUUAUGAUAGUAGUAUUGCACGUGUCAGAUUGAAUCGAGCGAUUGAAAUCGUUAUUGAUUCUAUUCAGUCGUUAGAAGGCGCUGUAAAUAAUUUUGAUCAACUGGUAUUUGGAUUAAUCUAUAGUCGAAUUGGAUCGAAUAAUUUCGACGGAAUUGAAGGAAUGAUACGUUUGAGUCGUAUAUUAAACUUACCCACACGUCUUACUCAAACGGAAAUUGAUUCAUUACCAAAAAUUGUUUUUGUUAAUAAAAUACCAACAUCACUGAGAAAUGAUAAUGAAAAAGAGAAAUGUCCCGUGUGUUUAACAGAAUUCGAUGAUGGUGAAACAAUUAACAAAUUACGUUGUUCUCAUAUGUUUCAUUUGAAUUGUGUAUCGAGAUGGCUUAGUUGCGAAGAUGGAAUAAUUUUAGUGUGCGAGGGCGCUGCUAGUAGGUUCUAUUUAAAUGUGGUAUCACCAUUUAUUCAAUGA